AUGAGAGGACAAAAACUUAACCGAACACCAGAAAAAUCCUUUACAUUGAGACAAGAAUAUCUAAAAGAUUCACCGUAUUUCUCUCCCAAUACAUCUUGAAAUCCGAAAAAAAAGGAAUAUAAAUUCUUUUUAGAUGCGACCCAUAAACGAACUAAGAUGCAAUAUAACAACGAAGUCCUUCAGACAUAUGUGCAUGGAAACUGAAACAUCAGAGGACAUAAAUUGAAAUCGAUUAUUAAAGAUGAUUGAAAAAGCAAUACUCCUCAGGCAAUUGGAUCUAUACACUUUAAUUUAAGGAGAAAAAGCGUUGCGUACUCUCCAUCACCUCCGGCAAAAGCACAUACUAGAGCAAGCUCUGCUGAUCCAAAUGCUUUGGAAGAUUUAGGGUGCUUUGAUUAUAUUACUUAUACGUUUCAGUCUCCUCAGCGAGCUGGAACUUCAAGUGCAAAACGAAGAAAGGUGUAUCAUAGAAUAUUUACUCCGACAUCGCAUAUCACUUGCAUUCCUUAUUUACCCGAUCCUGGAACAAAAUCGUUAGGACUCCAGACGUAA